UGCCUGCCGCAGCCGCCGUGACUUGUGUCUCGCGCCAGCGCUGCGAGCGUUGGGCCCGGGCUCCGCUCCCUCACGGAUAUAUAUAUAUAUAUAUAUCUAUCUCUACUUAUAUAUAUGUGUAAAUCUAUCUUUUCUCAUUCGUCGAUAAAGAAAUUCUAUUUUAAUACGGCGCGCAGGAAGAAGAGCGGCUCGUUGCUGGGGGGGAAAAAAGGGGGCAUUUUACAAGUAAUGUCGAACCCCGGAGCUCGACGGAACGGGUCAAGCAUUAAAAUCCGGCUGACAGUGUUGUGCGCGAAAAAUUUGGCAAAGAAAGAUUUCUUCAGAUUACCUGACCCUUUUGCUAAAAUUAUUGUUGAUGGCUCCGGGCAAUGUCAUUCGACAGACACAGUAAAAAACACACUUGAUCCAAAAUGGAACCAACACUAUGACUUGUACAUUGGAAAAGCAGACUCAAUUACUAUAAGCAUAUGGAAUCACAAGAAAAUACAUAAGAAACAGGGAGCUGGCUUCCUGGGUUGUGUUCGGCUGCUAUCAAAUGCCAUCAGUAGACUAAAGGAUACUGGCUAUCAGCGGUUGGAUCUAUGCAAGCUCAAUCCCACAGACGGCGAUACAAUACGAGGACAAAUAGUUGUAAGUUUACAAACUCGAGAUCGAAUAGGAACUGGUGGUCCUGUUGUCGAUUGCAGAGGAAUACUAGAUAAUGAUCUACCUGAGGGGCCACUUUUUGAAGAUUCUGGACCUGGAAGGCCGCUAAGCUGUAUCAUGGAAGACACAGUCCCAUAUCCAGACAUAACUGGUGCUGCGGGUGGAGGGAAUUGCCAGUUGAUAGAGUCUCCAAACCAGGAACAGAGACUGCAGGCUCAGCGAAUCCGUAACUUUGGUGUUCGAGUUCAAAUGCACACGCCACAGAGCCGACCUCAUGGACAUCAGUCUCCUGUGCUACCAGAGGGAUACGAGCAGCGAACAACGGUACAGGGACAGAUUUACUUCCUGCACACACAGACUGGAGUCAGUACUUGGCAUGAUCCUCGAAUACCAAGAGAUCUUACAAAUUUUAACUAUGAUGAGCUUGGUCCUUUGCCUUCCGGGUGGGAAGUCAGAAGUACAGUGUCAGGAAGAAUAUAUUUUGUAGAUCAUAACAACCGGACAACACAGUUCACAGAUCCCAGACUGCACCAUAUAAUGAGUAAUCCCAGUCAGUUGAAGGAAUCAAAUCAGACCUUGCCUGCACCACCUGAGGUACCAGUGGAAGAAGGAGAGGGAGAGUGGUCUGUCCCACGAUGUGAGCGAGAUCUGGUGCAGAAGUUGAAAGUCCUGAGGCAUGAGCUUGCUUUGCAACAACCACAAGCAGGGCAUUGUCGUAUUGAAGUCUCCCGGGAUGAGAUCUUUGAGGAAUCAUACCGUCAAGUAAUGAAAAUGAGACCAAAGGACUUGAAGAAGCGUUUAAUGGUUAAAUUUAGAAGUGAAGAGGGUUUGGAUUACGGUGGAGUAGCCAGGGAGUGGUUGUAUUUGCUCUGUCAUGAGAUGUUGAAUCCUUACUAUGGGCUAUUUCAAUAUUCAACUGAUAAUAUCUACACACUACAGAUCAAUCCAGAUUCCGCAGUCAAUCCCGAGCACUUGUCAUAUUUCCAUUUUGUGGGCCGGAUAAUGGGACUGGCUGUAUUCCAUGGACACUACAUUAACGGUGGUUUCACAUUACCGUUUUAUAAGCAGCUGUUAGGAAAACCUAUCCAGUUAUCAGACUUGGAAACUGUGGACCCAGAAUUGCACAAGAGCUUGGUUUGGAUCCUUGAAAAUGAUAUUACGCCAGUGCUUGAUCACACGUUUUGUGUAGAACAUAACUGUUUUGGUCGGAUUAUUCAACAAGAGCUGAAACCAAAUGGCAGAAAUGUUCCUGUAACAGAAGAGAAUAAGCGAGAAUAUGUUAGGCUUUACGUGAACUGGAGAUUUAUGAGAGGAAUUGAGGCACAGUUUCUGGCUCUGCAGAAGGGAUUUAAUGAGCUUAUUCCACAGCAUCUCCUUAAACCUUUUGAUCAGAAAGAAAUUGAGCUUAUUAUUGGUGGGUUGGGGAAGAUUGACAUAAAGGACUGGAAAGCUAACACACGUUUAAAGCAUUGCACGUCUGACAGCAACAUUGUGAAGUGGUUCUGGCAAACGGUGGAGAUGUUUGAUGAGGAGCGAAGAGCACGACUACUUCAGUUUGUAACUGGUUCUUCCAGAGUACCUCUGCAGGGAUUCAAGGCACUACAAGGUUCUACAGGUGCUGCAGGCCCAAGGCUUUUCACCAUCCAUUUGAUUGAUGCCAACACAGAAAACCUUCCCAAAGCACAUACAUGUUUUAAUCGUAUAGACAUCCCUCCUUAUGAGUCUUACGAAAAGCUUUAUGAGAAAUUGUUGACAGCAGUGGAAGAGACAUGUGGCUUUGCAGUGGAGUGAAGUACGCCAGUCCUUUUGAAGCUGUUAGGAACACUACAGAAAGGAAUUUCUGCAAGCAUCAGAAUGAGUGGCGCACUGUGUAACUGAGAGAACUAACAAUUCACUCACACGGGUGCUAUAACUUACGAAUGAUGUAAAGACGCUGAUCGCUCAGAAACUGAAAGGCAGCAGGAUUUCGAAAAGAGGAAACCGGGGAGCUCAAGUAAAGAAGAUACUGACAGACAGAAAAAUGGACCUGUUUCAGUUGUAUCAUACAUUUUUAAGUUGUGUGCUUGAAACUUUAUUUCAAAAACUUUGCACAGUGAACGAUGACAGAUCCUUGCACAUUUCACUUCCUUAUAUUCUUUUAACCAUUCACCCUCAUAAAAAUGGUCCAACGGAAAUGUUUCAUUCUUCCAAAAGCUGAAACUGACGUUUAAAAAUACUGGAUGCUAAACUAGAAAUAGGUAAUUUUCUAGCUUGAGUAUUCCUUUUUUAUCAACUCUUUCAGCGCAGACAGUAACUGUACUUGGUGCGUUUUGAUCAAAUCAGAUUAUUUUUAUCUAUAUUUUGUUAAAAGAAUUGUAUUCCUCAACAAUAUGAUAGGUAACUGUUUUUAGGAAUAUUUACAACAAAUCUUGUUCUAUUGUGAUGAAUCCUUUAAUACUGCAGUCAUGUUUUGGCUCCAAAAUUAACAUUGUAGUCAUGCUCAAAUGUUCGUUUUACGAACAGCUUGAGGUAAGGUAUCCUCUAUUUAUUCCUUGAAUUCCACUUCACAAUGCACAUAAAACAAACAUCAAUUUUUACAGAAUUAAUUUAAAAAUAUGAGCUGAAUGUAUAGAAACAUGAAAGUGUCUUUCAGUACUCAAAGACUGAUCCAUUCGGAGUCCAGCGUUGAAAGAGUUAAUGGAGGACAAUUGACAGACAUUGCUGCUGAGGUGAUUUUUUUUUUUCCCUCCUCAGUCUUACUUUGCUGUAAAUCGGGUUUGUCUCUGAAUCUCCUUGUUCCCUUGCCACCUUUCCCUUAGCUGGGAACCUAUAAUAGCAGACAUCCGUGAAGCACCCAAUCUCAAGAAAACUAGAGAAAUGUGCCAAGUGUGAAACUGGUUUACAUGACAAUUUACGGGCAAGACCAUUCCAAGAGACUAAGCAUAUUAAGUUAUGAAAUUUUAUUAUCAUGAUAUUUACAUCCAUGUUUUAACAAUUUGCUGAAAAGUUUUUGCCUUUUUGUUUCGGGAUGCUGAAUUGAGGUUAUUUUUAAUUAAGUUCAUGAAGGCUUCUGAAGACAUGAAUAAGCAAAAAAGGAAAUUAUUUAAACUGUGUUAGUGCCGUCAACAUUAAGGAAGACUCUGGAACUUUAAACGGGAGCCGUGUAUGAGUUUAAACCAUACAUUGUUAAACCAUACAUUGAAUUCCAUGUUCUUCCGCCCCUUUUCAAAUGAGACAUUUAUUCCUUUUUCUUGUAUUUGAUGACCUUAAAUUGUGUAGAUUUCAAGCUAAUAUUGUGUGGCUAUAAAUCAAAAUAGUUUGAUAACAACAAUGGUGUAAACACUCGUAGAAAUGAAUUCAUUUUUACAUCGGGUAACUAAAGGAAUUGUGACCAAUAUCAUGUCUGUUUUAAUUCCAUGUUAAGGAUUUGAACAAAAUCAAAUCUACUUAUUAGUGCUUUUUCUAUGUCGCUGUUGAUCACUACUGAAAAGUUUAGACACCUGCUCUAAAGAUUCAUUUUGAAGAAACAAUUUUUAUUUUAUAAUCUGGGAUUAAACAAAAUCCCUGUGUUCUACAAAAAUCACAGCUUUCAACUCAUUGCAGUCUCACUGAACCUAAUAAAUCUUGCAUAAA